AUGGCAGAAGCUUUCCUUCAAAUUGUGAUUGAAAAUAUCACUUCUUUCCUUGAAGGGGAACUUUCAUUGCUUUUCGGUUUUGAAAAUGAGUUUGAAAAUCUUUCGAGCAGGUUUUCUACAAUUCAAGCGGUACUUGAAGAUGCUCAGGAGAAGCAACUCAAGGACAGGGCAAUUAAAAACUGGUUACAUAAACUCAAUGCUGCUGCGUAUAAAGUUGAUGACAUAUUGGACGAAUGUAAAAAUGAGGCAGCAAGACUCAGGCAGUCUCAAUUAGGACGUUGUCAUCCCGGGAUUAUCACAUUCCGUCAUAAGAUUGGGAAAAGGAUGAAAGAGAUGACAGAGAAACUAGAUGCAAUUGCUAAGGAGAGAAUGGAUUUUCAUUUCCACGAAAAGAUUAUUGAGAGACAAACAGCUAGACGGGAAACAGGUUCUGUUUUAACUGAACCACAAGUUUAUGGAAGAGACAAAGACGAAGAUGAGAUAGUGAAAAUCCUGAUAAACAAUGUUAGUGAUGCCCAAGAGCUUUCAGUCCUCCCAAUACUUGGUAUGGGUGGACUAGGAAAGACGACUCUUGCACAAAUGGUCUUCAAUGAUAAGAGAGUAACUGAGCAUUUCCAUCCCAAAAUAUGGAUUUGUGUCUCGGAAGAUUUUAAUGAGAAGAGGCUGAUAAAGGAAAUUUUAGAAUUUAUUGAAAGAAUAUCACUAGGUGACAUGGGCCUGGCUCCACUUCAAAUGAAGCUUCAAGAGUUACUGAAUGGAAAAAGAUACUUGCUUGUCUUAGAUGAUGUUUGGAAUGAAGAUCAAGAUAAGUGGGCUAAUUUAAGACAAGUAUUGAAGGUUGGAGCAAGUGGUGCUUCUGUUUUAACCACUACUCGUCUUGAAAAGGUUGGUUCAAUUAUGGGAACUUUGCAACCAUUCCGGUUGUCAAAUUUGUCUCAAGAAGAUUGUUGGUUGUUGUUCAUGCAGGGUGCAUUUGGAUACCAAGAAGAAUUAAAUCCCAACCUUGUGGCUAUCGGAAAGGACAUUGUGAAAAAAAGUGGUGGUGUGCCUCUAGCAGCCAAGACUCUUGGAGGUAUUUUGCGCUUCAAGAGAGAAGAAAGAGAAUGGGAACAUGUGAGAGACAAUGAGAUUUGGAAUUUACCUCAAGAAGAAAGGUCUAUUUUGCCUGUCUUAAGGCUUAGUUAUCAUCAUCUUCCACUUGAUUUGAGACAAUGCUUUGCGUAUUGUGCAGUAUUCCAAAAGGACACCAAAAUGGAAAAAAAAAAGGUAAUCUCUCUCUGGAUGGCACAUGGCUUUCUUUUAUCGAGAAGAAACUUGGAGCUAGAGGAUGUGGGUAAUGAAGUAUGGAAUGAAUUAUACUUGAGGUCUUUUUUCCAAGAGAUUGAAGUUAAAUCUGGUAAAACUUAUUUCAAGAUGCAUGAUCUCAUCCAUGAUUUGGCUACAUCUCUGUUUUCGGCAAGCGCAUCAAGCAGCAAUAUCCGCGAAUUAAUUGGAGGAAUUUACUCACACAGAAUGUCUAUUGGUUUUGCUGAAUUUGUGCCUCUUAAACCUCCUUAUCUCUUGUCAAAUCUACCAAAGCAGUUAUGCAAGCUUCAAAAUCUGCAGACUCUUGAUCUACAUGGUUGUCGUUCACUUUAUCGUUUGCCAAAAGAAACAAGUAAAUUUGGUAGUCUCCGAAAUCUUUUACUUGAUGGUUGCAGUAAAUUGAUUUGUAUGCCACCAAGGAUAGGAUCUUUGACAUGCCUUAAGACUCUAGAUUGCUUUGUUGUGGGUGAGAGGAAAGGUUAUCAACUUUGUGAACUAAGAAAUCUAAACCUCCAUGGUGCAAUUUCAAUCACACAUCUUGAUAGAGUGAAGAAGGAUAAAGAGGCAAAAGAAGCCAACUUAUCUACAAAAAUGAAUCUGCAUUCAUUAAGCAUGAGUUGGAAUUAUCCGCAUAGAUAUGAAUCAGAAGAAGUUAAAGUGCUUGAAGCCCUCAAACCACACCCCAAUCUGAAAUAUUUAACAAUCAGUGGCUUCAGAGGAUUCCGUCUCCCUAACUGGAUGAAUCACUUAGUUUUGAAAAAUGUUGUCUCUAUUGUAAUUGAAUAUUGUGAAAACUGCUCAUGCUUACCACCAUUUGGUGAGCUGCCUUGUCUAGAAAGUCUAAAGUUACAAUAUGGGUGUGUGGAGUAUGUUGAUGUUGAUGUUGAUUCUGGAUUCCCCACAAGAAUAAGGUUUCCAUCCCUGAGAAAACUUUGUAUAGAAUAUUUUCAUAAUCUGAAAGGAUUAAUGCUGAAAAAGGAAGGAGAAGAGCAAUUCCCUGUGCUUGAAGAGAUGGAGAUUGACCAGUGCCCUGUGCUUGAAGAGAUGGAGAUUGCCCGAUGCCCUGUGUUUGUUUUUCCGACUCUUUCUUCUGUCAAGAAAUUGGAAUUUGUGGGGGAGGCAGAUGCAACAGGUUUCAGGUCCAUAUCUAAUCUUAGGGCUCUUACUUCCCUCAACAUUAGGUAUAACAAAGAAGCUACUUCACUCCCAGAAGAGCUGUUCAAAAACCUUGCAAAUCUCAAAUACUUGAAUAUCUCUGAGUUCAAGAAUCUCAAAGAACUGCCUACCAGCCUGGCUUGUCUCAAUGCUUUGCAGAGUCUGAUGAUUAGCCAUUGUGACGCACUAGAGAGUUUCCCCGAGGAAGGGCUGGACGGUUUAACUUCACUCACCAAGUUAUCUGUCGAUUGCUGCUGGAGGCUAAAAUGUUUACCCAAGGGAUUGCAGCAACUAACAGCCCUCACAACUUUAAUAAUUACUCUAUGUCCAAUAGUGUUCAAGCGGUAUGAGAGGGGAAUAGGAGAAGACUGGCACAAAAUUGCUCACAUACCAAAUGUGUUAAUCUAUUAGCAUGAAGUUGUAAGUAUUAUUUGUAAUUGUUUCUUUGUUUGUGAGUCUUUUUGGUUCCUGCCAUUGGAUGUCAUUUUUUCUAGGGUUUU